AUGUCAGCAAAACAAAAACUUAAUCUAUUAAGCAAUUUAAAGAGUAUUACUUUCAAGUUCUACCCAGAUGGUCUUACAAAUAAAUCUUUAAGAUCGUGUUUACCUUUGGCAACAGCAGCAAGAGUAAGAGCAUUGUCACCAGAUUGUAAAGUACAGAUCGUCAGUGAAGAGAAUGAAUGUGAACCAGAGAUUAAAUUGAAAUAUUAUAACGGAUUCGAACAAUCGAUUUUCACAAAGAAUCUCGAUCAAGCAGCAAUUGUAGAAUCAAUAGAGAUGAAAAAGAAGUCAUUGAAAGUAGAGGAAGUCAAGAAGCAGAAAACACCAGACACUUCAUUGGAGGAGAUUUUGACACCCGUCACAAAGAAGAAAGAUACUGGUGCUAAAGCAGGUCUUAAGAAAUAA